CCCAUUAAAGUUGAAAAAGUUUAAUUCUUACAGAUUUUCUUAAUUAAUCCGUUCAGUCAUUAUUUGAUCGAAUUUUUGCAUCAGGAGUUUCAAAGUCAAAAUGAGGACGGUUCUGAUGGUGGCUGAGAAGCCGUCGCUGGCGUUGUCUUUGGCCAAAAUUCUCUCAAACGGUAACAUGAACAGUCGGAAGGGUUCCAAUGGUGCUUGCUCCAUUCACGAAUACAGAGGGAAAUUUAAUGGAGAAAAUGUCACCUUCAAAAUGACGUCUGUUUGUGGUCAUGUCAUGAGUUGUGAUUUUGUUGGUAAAUAUAACAGCUGGGAUAAAGUUGAUCCGGCUGAGUUAUUCAACGCACCAAUUCAAAAGAAAGAAGCAUCUGCUAAUCUUCACAUGCCACAGUUUUUACGACGUGAAGCCCAGGGAGCUGAUUAUCUAGUAUUAUGGUUAGAUUGUGAUAAAGAAGGGGAGAAUAUUUGUUUUGAAGUGAUGGAAUGUACUGUUUGUGUGAUGAACAGAGUUCCUUCUCAGCAAGUAUAUCGAGCUAGAUUUAGUGCUAUAACAGAUACAGAUAUUAAACGUGCCAUGCAGAAUCUCGUAUCACCCAAUAAAAACGAGGCCCAGUCUGUGGAUGCUAGACAAGAAUUGGAUCUGAGAAUUGGAUGUGCUUUCACCAGAUACCAAACUAAAUUCUUUCAGGGUAAAUAUGGAGAUUUAGACAGUACAUUGAUAUCCUACGGACCCUGUCAGACACCAACUCUGGGUUUCUGUGUGGAACGUCACGAUAAAAUACAGUCAUUUAAACCAGAACCUUACUGGAUCAUGGAUGUACAGAUAACUCAUCCGAAUGGUAAAUCAGUGAAAUUGGACUGGGAAAGAGUUAGAUUGUUUGAUAAAGAAAUAGCUCUAAUGUUUUUAAACAUGGUCAAGGACAGUGAAGAAGCCAGAGUUGUUAAUACCACACAGAAGGAGAAAACUAAAGCUAGACCAAUUGCUUUAAAUACAGUAGAAUUAUUGAGAGUGGCCAGUUCUGGAUUGGGUAUUGGCCCCCACCAUGCCAUGCAGAUUGCUGAGCGUCUGUAUACCCAGGGUUAUAUCAGCUACCCCCGAACAGAAACUACUCAAUAUCCAGAAAACUUUGAUCUGAAAGGCGUGUUACGUCAGCAACAAUCUAGUCCGAACUGGGGAGAUUAUGUCAGUAAAUUAUUAAGUGAAGGAAUACAAAAAGCCAAGAAAGGAAGUGAUGCCGGCGACCAUCCUCCCAUUACACCAAUGAAAUUAGCUCGUGAAGGUGAUUUCGAUCAUGAUUCGUGGAAAGUUUACGAUUAUAUUACUCGGCAUUUCAUAGCCACGUUGUCACCAGAUUGUAAAUAUCUACAGACGACAGUACAUUUUGAGAUCGGGCUGGAGAAAUUCACGACAACUGGUCACCAGCUAUUAGACCCUGGUUAUACGGCUGUUAUGACGUGGCAGGCAUUAGGGAAUGAUGAAGAUUUACCCAAAUUUACUAAAGAACAAACUAUAACAUUAGAUCAUGCCAGAUUAUCAGAGAGACAGACGUCACCCCCAGAUUAUCUGACAGAGGCUGAGUUAAUCUCGUUGAUGGAGAAAAAUGGAAUCGGAACUGACGCCAGUAUUCCAGUACAUAUCAAUAAUAUCUGUGAGAGAAAUUACGUGAAUAUUAUAUCUGGUCGUAAACUAAAACCUACUCCACUUGGUAUAGUACUAGUCCAUGGAUAUCAGAAGAUAGAUUCAGAUCUAGUUUUAUGUACAAUGAGAUCUUCUAUAGAACAACAGUUAAACCUGAUUGCCCAGGGUAAAGCCAACUUCUUUGACGUUAAACAACAUGCUAUCGACAUAUUUCAUAGAAAAUUUAAAUAUUUUGUGGAGAAUAUCAACGGAAUGGAUCAGUUGUUUGAGGUAUCGUUCUCUCCCCUGGCUGCCAUUGGAAAACCUUUUACAAGGUGUGGUAAAUGUAGAAGAUAUAUGAAGUUAAUUCCAGCCAAACCGAGUCGAUUACACUGUGCCAGUUGUGACGAGACUUUCACUCUACCACAGAACGGAAAUAUCAAACUUUAUAAAGAGUUAAAAUGUCCCCUGGAUGAUUUCGAACUUGUUUUAUGGUCAACUGGUCCCAAAGGAAAGUCCUACCCGCUGUGCCCGUAUUGUUAUAAUAACCCACCGUUUAAUGAUAUGAGAAAAGGUAUGGGCUGUAAUGAAUGUACUCAUCCUACGUGUGCACAUAGUUUCUCUAAGAAUGGAGUAUCAGAAUGUGUGGAGUGUGAUCGAGGAAUUCUCGUCAUAGAUCAGUCUUCUGGUCCGAAAUGGAAGAUGGCUUGUAACAAAUGUAAUGUUGUGAUCCAUUUCCUAGAACAUGCUACUAAAAUAUCGGUACAGGAAGACACGUGUGAUUGUGGCUCUAAUCUGAUUGAGGCUACAUUUACUAAGGCUAAAUCCAAACUACCAGAUAAUGCUGAAGAACAUACAGGAUGUGUCUUCUGCGAUCCUGUUCUUAAACCUCUAGUCGAAAAACAUCACGCUACUUCCUUCUUCCAGAAUCGUGGAGGCCGUGGGGGAGGGGCUAGAGGUCGGGGGGGACGAGGAAGGGGCAAACCAAAAGAUAAGAUGUCACAGUUAGCUGCUUAUUUUGUUUAG